UGGACCUAUGUGUCGACCCGAUCCAUUUCCACAUCUGUCAGUGCCACGGUCUCUGACACACACACUCUCUCUCUAGGGUUCAGUUUUGCCCCCAAUUUUGUGUACCGUUUCCCUUUUGAAGUUUCGUUCGAAGAAUCCUCAAUCCCAAAUUGGCCUCUCUCUUCGCGAUUACCGCUUUCAAAGAGAACAAGUUGAAGAGCGAACACUCGUCCCACAGCUCCGAAUAUUUGUAGAAUGAAGAAGACAGACACAACGAGUUUGGUUGGUUCCACUUGUCUAGACUAAGAUAGCAGACAGACUAAGAGGUUUCAUGGCAGGCAGUGGCCUGCCAUCUUUGGGUCGUGUGAAGCUUACUGAUUUAGUCCCUUCAGACGGGUUGCCUUCUGAUUCUUAUAAAAUAUCAGUUUCUAUUUUGUCACAAUCUCUGGCUCAGUUUUCGGCAGUCAUCAUCCAGUUUCCAGCAAGUGAUGGGGCUCUUCUGAGAUCUGGGAUAGAAUCUGCUCGCCUCUAUUUCCACCAAAGGGAAACAUAUCCGCCUGCAGAUAUAAUCCAUACAAAUGAGUCUCGUGAGUGGUGCAAAACAUCUGGUUAUUAUACAGAUUCUCAUUUGUGGCAAGAAACAUAUGACUAUAGACCAGGAUUGACUCCUUCAGAACCUAAUGAUUCAAUUGAGUUUCCUCCGGCGGGUUUGCCAGAUAUCUUUGCUUUAUUUGGAAAAGCAGCAAGAGAUAUUCUGGAUGCAAUUGGCUACCAUUUGAAUUUGCGCAGCUCUCCAUUUGUAGAAAUACUGGAUAAUGUUCCCCUGAGAAAUAGGGAAAUAUCAUCUUCAGUCUUGUCUGUUUGCUGUCAUGCAAGGCCAUCAUUUCAGGGGUCACAGCAUCAUAAUAUAACUACUCAGGAGGAUAGCCAAUUGAUUAUGUAUCCUGACCAUGAUCACCAAGUUGAUAAAAGCUUGCUAUCACUUGUUAAGUCUGACAGGGCAGGUUUACAUAUAAGGGACUUUCAAGGGCGGUGGAUUCUUGUGGAUGGAGAUCUGGGACCUCAAGAAGCUAUUGUUUAUCCUGGGCUUGCUCUUUACCAAGCAACUGCAGGAUAUGUAAACCCUGCAUUACACAAGACUGAGAUUAAUAUGGAGGCUAAUAUGUAUGGACGAUGUUCUUUAGCCUUCAAACUUUUGCCCAAGUCAAUGACCAGUUUUGAUUGUUCAGAAAUGCGAGCAGCAGGUUAUGGAAUUGAAGCUCAGUUCCAGCUUCCUGUUCCGGUGGAUGAUUUUAUGCAAAGAUCUCAUCCAACAGAUAGUCUCUUUAACAGGCCUGGUUUCCAGUGCUUUAAUUUCCAACCAACGCAUGAUGGUAUUUUCUCUUAUGAGGAUAUUGCUGAUAAGAAAGGCAUCAAGCUGCGGUUUUGUAAUCUGAAGGAAUGUGAAAGUCACAUUCACAGUGUAGAUAGCCCAUGUGCAAAUAUACGGGUGGAGAUAGGGUGGCCGCUUGGUGUUCCAUUUGUUCAUCCCCAUGAUUUACCUAAUAAGGCAAAGCUGGGUUUUCUUGAAGCAUAUGAACCUGGUUGGACAGAAGCCCAUCAAAACUCAGACAGGCUAGUCAACACUCGGCUAACUUUAACUGAAUCAGUCCCCCUGAUUUCCAACAUAUGGGCAACAUAUGAUCAGAUUGUGAAGGUCUAAUGAAGAUAGGCCUAUCUAGUUCCCAAGGGGCAGCUGAACCUGUAUGUGGCUAGCUUUUAGAAUUUUAUGUUUGUCUAUAUAUGCAACUUUUGAAGCAUAUGAAUGAAAGAAAUGUGCAGCGUUGAAUUCUA